AUGUUCUGGACACGUUCUGAAUAUGACCGUGGUGUCAACACUUUCUCACCUGAAGGUCGUCUUUUCCAAGUUGAAUAUGCAAUCGAAGCUAUCAAGCUUGGUACAACUGCCAUCGGUAUUCAAACCUCAGAGGGUGUUGUAUUGGCUGUAGAAAAGAGAGUCUCUUCAAUUUUAUUAGAGCCUAGUUCAAUAGAAAAAGUUAUGGAGAUUGACGAGCAUUUAGGUUGUGCUGUCAGCGGUAUGACAGCUGAUGCCAGAACUAUGAUUGAACAUGCACGAGUAGCUGCUCAGAACCAUAGAUUUACAUACGACGAAAAACUUAAGGUAGAGAGUGUAACUCAGAGUGUUUGUGAUUUAGCAUUAAGGUUCGGUGAAGGUGCUAAUGGUGAAGAUUCAACAAUGAGUCGUCCUUUCGGUGUUGCACUACUUAUUGCAGGCGUUGACGAAAAUGGCCCUCAACUCUUCCAUGCUGAUCCUUCAGGUACAUUUAUGAAAUACCAAGCCAAGGCUAUUGGUUCGGGAUCAGAAGGCGCUCAGACAGAAUUGCAAAAAGAAUAUCAUAAGUCUAUGACAUUAAAGGAAGCAGAAACUCUGGCUUUAACUGUGUUGAAAUCAGUCAUGGAAGAGAAGCUAAAUAAGACAAAUGUUCAGAUCGCAGCUGUUACACCAGAGCAAAAUUUCAAAGUCUAUUCUGAAGAAGAGUUACAAGCUGUAAUUGAUAGAUUGUAA